AUGGGGCUGUCCUACUUCGCUCAGACCUGUUCGACAGAGGCGACGACGAAGGCCGCGCAGCUCUGGUGCGUUGCGAAGGAGGGCACAUGUUGCGGAGUCUGCCCGAAUACACUCGCCUCGCUCGGUACUCGCGUCGGCUUGACUUCCACGAUCUUCUUUGCGACGGCGGUUGUGGUGGUCGACGGCGCCGAGGCCCCCUUCAUCUUCCUCACGACGACUCUCCAAGCUCUCGCCUAUAUCAUCACAAUCCUCCAGGCAGGAUUCGCUGGCGAUGGCAUCUCUCGAUUCCACGCCUACUACGCCCUGCUCUGCGCCCUCGGCUUCAUCUGCCCUCUUUCCGCCGCUUCCGUCACUGCGACACACUACCUAUACGGCGGGAGCCACCAGAAGAGCGGUGUCCGCUUGCUGGCCUUCCGAACGAACAUCCAACACCCGCACCAACAUCAGAACUCGCUGUCAAAGACCUCGCAUCGCGGCUUCACCGACUCCCCAACGGUCUUACGCUCAUUCGGCUCGCCAUUCUUCAGCAGCACCGCAAGCGGCUCGCGAUACAGGCAGUACGAACCGGCUGCUCGGCCGCUCAUCACGGCCAACGUGUGGAACCGCGAUGCGUCCAGUACGGACAAUUCGCCCGUCUUGCGUGCGGACGAGGGCGAGCGGCGGGAUCGCUUUGGCGAAACUACGCUACAACCGUCAUCCAGGCGCUCUAGCCGGACUCGUGACGAAGAGGCAGAAAUCGAAUCGCGUCCACUGGACCGGCUGAUACCCGCCUCUUUCCUCUCGACUCCGCCGCUUGUCUCAUCGUCACCGAAAGACGCAGAAACUGAACGUAUCCCCUCACCCAUCGAGCAUCACUCCCCUCGCCAUCAUCCGCUCGCAGACGAGGAGAUCGAGCACCACUCGCCUCACCACGGACCCUCCUCUCCCGCUCCGAGCAGUCCGGGCCACCGCUCGCCGAAACACAAGGAGCUCGACUCACCCUCAUCCCCUCACUCCACCCAGAACUCGCCCCACCAUGACCCGCAUUCCCCUCACCACCCUUCCCCUCGCCCUUCUCCUCGCAGCCCGCACGACUCUACCACGGCCCUCCCGCCUCUCCCGCCUUCCGCCCUUGACGCCGGUCUCCGGCAACGCGCACAUCACCCUCAGCGGUCUUCGCGCCCGGUCGAGCAAGCGGACGAUCCCUCGAGCUCGGAUGAUAGCUCGGCGUCGAGUGUGGCGGGCUACACAGACGAGCAGCGGAAGAAGAUUGCGAACAAGACGGCGAAGGGUUGGUGGAGGCGGUACGGGAUGCUCGGGUCGAACGCGGCGCUGUUCAUCCUCUGGCUCGUGACUCUUCUCUACGUCCACGGCAUCGUCGGCUCGUUCAAGCUCACCCAGACCAACUGCCCCGACCCGACGGGCACUUCCUUGCUCUCCAUCUCGACUAUCGUCGCUAUCGGCUUGUCCCUUGUCGUCUUCGUCGUCACCUGCGCCAACUUCUACUCCCAUUGGGUGCACUACCAUCUCCGCCGCAUCUUUGACUACAGCCGCGACGGCAACCGCUGGACUCGCAUGGUUGUCCCCGCCAUCUUCUCGGGCACCGUCUUCGCCACCUGGCUGUCGCUCCUGUGGUCCUCGUACGAGCUGGCAGCGCAGCCUAGCUCGUCGCUUCUCGCUGGAACCGAACAAAUGACGACGUUCCCGACUAUCCUCUCGAUUACGCUCACCGUCAAGCCUGUCUGCGACCUCGUCAAAGCGAUGUGGAAGCACCACCGCCGCUCGGAGAACGAAGCGAAGGAACGCAAGAAGAUGGAGGCGCAAGCGACGCGGGAGCAAGAGUCGAGGCAAUCUCGUCGGCGACUGGUCGACUCGGAGAAGGAGGAGACGCCGCAUACGUCGUCGCGGCACGGUCAUCGCUCGGCGGACCAUCCUGACCGCCCUUCGCCGCCCGAGCGUGUCGGUACCGACUUUUCGACGACGACUUCGAUGCGACCGAGUGUAUCGGUCUCGCCUGCCAGCACGUUUGAGCCGCCUGAUCGACGGCCGAGGAGGAAGAGGGAGAGCAUGAGGCGGGCGGUGUUUGGCAGGAGCUUGCGGUCUGCCGGCGACGGGCAGUGA